AUGGACUGUCUAGGAGUUGUCCAAGUUCCGCUCUCCCGCCUCUGUUUCCUUGACGAUGCAGGAGGUCGUCAUUACUACGACGAGCAUAGCGGCCACCUUGAGGAAUUAUUCAGAGGAACGUCUAUUGACCACAGCAACCAAAGACAUUGGGUGGACGGGUAUGUAGACAGAUCAGAGGUAAUUUCUGUCCUCGGAAGUCUCGGCCUGUCGUUGAGGGAGCUUCAACGGAAGAACCUCUACCUAGAAUUUCCGCGUCUUACAGGCCAUUCCGUGGCUUACAGUCAAGGUCGACAUCGGAUUGAAGCGGCGAAGAAGGUCGAUGACGACCUACUAUGGACCAUUAGACUCUUCUCCACGGACAUGAGUGAUAUACGCUCAAACUACAUGAUAAGAAGGCGAACGGAGCAGUACCAACAUGAAAGGCCCUUCUCUGAUGGUCAAAUAUAUACUAAAGUACGAGAGUAUGAUGGGAACAACUUUGACUUUUGCGAGUGGUAUCAACGGCUCAGUGUAACUAAAAAAAGGUCUCUACGACUGAUCGACCGGCGCCUGGCCAUUGCAGGCGCCCUCGACGCACUUAUUCAAUUCCCUGGUAUAAUGGAGUCAUUACAUUUGAGCAGCUGGUCUAAGUACUUCGACUGGCGGCUGGAAGACGAGCUCUACUCUGGGUUGAAAUGCAUCUACGAGACGUGGUCAACGUUUACCUUCGGUAGUCAUUCCAUACAGAAAUGCCUUGGUAGAGAGACUGUGGAGUUGUUGGAGUGUCGCGCUCCAGGUGUGAAUGAAGUGGACCGACGAUGGAUUGAUUCUGUUUUCGAGGCAGGAAAGGUCUUCCCGGGAGUGAGAGAUCCGGAGCAACGGCGAGACAUAAACGAGCGUGUGAUUUCCUCGUUAAAUAUGAUUCCUGGCAUGAAGUCGCUGCAAUCAAACAUGCUCUACUUAGGCAUUGCUGCCGAGAUCAUCUGGUCAUAUUUGAUCCCCAAAGAAUUACGGAAGAAGGCUAAGGCAGACCAAAUGUCAUUGCGAUCCACCAUGCGCUCCUGCUGGUCCGGAAAAGUUGGCUACGUCGAAGUCAAAGAAGGAGAAUUCCGAUGCGUUGUAGGCCCGCCUUCGUUCGACCUCGCGUAUUUGGCGGUUAUGUUGGCGGCACUUCGGCAAUUUGCAUCUCUAAGUGCGUGGAAACCCAAAGCAGAUACGGGAGAGCUUCUCACAGAUCCCAACUGCAUAUCGCUUUUCCACAGACGAGCCAAACUUGUUGGGUUUCGCACUCGCAACAUUGACGACGGCGCAAAAGUCCCAACUUCGUCGUUCAAUCCAUGCUCCGACGGCGAUGAUUUGAAGGAAGGAAUCUCUGAUGAAAUGAGUCUUCUCCAAAAAAUAGACUACAGAUAUGGCAGACCCCAUAUAUCGGUUUUUAGAUUUCUUCAAGAAAAGGCUUUCUUACCUUAUCUUGUAUCUCAAACCGGUCAGCCGGAGAUUGGAGUAUCGUUUCUCUUGCAGGAAUUCAGACGAUGUUUUUUUGGAUCGUGCACAUUCGAAUACGAUCUAUCGCAACCAAUAGUAAACAUAAACAGGUCCCAAGUCGUUCAAAAUGCUUAUCGCAACUGGCCAAAUGACAGCCGCCUCGAGACUAUCACGGAAGAGGAUCAUCCAGGCGUCCUGAGCCCACUUAUGGACGUAGACCCUCAGUCUGGCGAUGAAUCGCGCACUCCUGAUCGAUUUUCACCCUUAGGCCACCAUGUCGCAGCUACUGUUGACAACGCUUCGGGUACUCCGGUUACUGUAUCACAACUCACUGGUGGCCUUGAUUCACCAGGUCGCGAAUCCAGUGGCAGUCUCUCGUCCAUGUCAUGGGAGGCAUGCCCCGAGCGCGUCGUGGACCCCAAAGCCGCCCGGAACUGGCCUGAUAAUACCGAAGAAGUAUUGUUUAGUAGCUCAACAUCUUCCCGUUCCGUACUGCCCAGCCCGUUCUCAGCCUAUUUGGCUGGGAUUGGAAGAAUGGCUUUGGAAAGUGAGAGCCGCAGGGCUUCCUUAUCCGGCGUAACCGAUAUCUACCGGCAUAGUGCUUCUUUGCAGUCUCGGUCCCCUGUUCCGGAUGACCAAGCUCUCUUAUCGUCUCCAGUUUCAGUGGCUAUGAAUCGAGAUCAACCGAAGCGUCGCGAGUCGCCUUUAAAACAGGCAGAUCGCACAUCGCAUAGUCCACAAACAGGCCAGCUACCGUGUUCUCCACGCUUAAGUUUUACUUCCCGAUCGACUAUUCCUGUGACUACCUUGGACCAACCGAGACUGCGCGCUCCGUAUAAGCCCGCCGAUGUCAAGGGCAGGUUCAGAUACGUUUGGUUGCCAAAAGCGCGACCUUACCCGGGCACGUUCGAAGCAACAGAGCGUUGCAAAGUCCAGGAAUCGAUAUUCUUCCCGCACCAACAGUACCGUGCAUUCGCGAUCGUCCUGUGCACCGACAAUGAUAGCAAGAACAGGUUCAGAUAG